CACGAAGUUGCAUGCAUGUAGUCAGGCAUCAAUAUGGCUAAGACAACGCUGUGGUUUAGCUAGCACUGCCCUUGUGCUAUCACCUCUGCGAGUCCAUUUCUUGUGUGGUUAGCCCCAGCGCGCGCCUUCUCCAAGCAAUGGAGGACCACUGUUUCGCAACACAGAUAAUUGGUUGGGACGGUGUUUUGGAUAUUUGGAAAUUGGGCGAAUUCACCAAGCAUGUUAAACUGAACGACCCAUACUCUGUUGUAUCAAUAAUGGGGGGGGCAAAGUAGUGGAAAGAGUACACUUCUCAAUCAUCUAUUCGGAACCAAUUUUCAGGAGAUGGAUAUUGAACAAAGGUCACAAACUACCAAAGGUGUAUGGUUGGCGAAGGCCAAAAAUACUGGGCCAUGCACUCUUGUAAUGGAUUUGGAAGGAACUGCUGGAAUGGAGAGAGCUGAUCGGGAUGACACGGCAUUUCAGAAUCAAACUGCAUUAUUUGCUUUGGCUGUUUCAGAUGUUGUGUUGAUCAAUAUGUCGUGUAAAGAUAUUGGGAGAGAACAAGGUGGGAGCAGGCCUCUUUUGAAAACCAUUUUCCAGGUCCUCAUGAAGUUAUUCGACCCUCGCAAGAGAACCAUGUUAUUUGUUCUUCGCGACAAAACAAAGACAACUUUCGAAAACCUUGUAUCCCCUUUACGCAAAGAUAUCCUGAAGAUAUGGGAAGAAGUCCCUAAACCCCAGGCCCAAAGAUCUAGUCUGAUUAACGAUUUUUUCAACUUAGAAUUUGUGGCCCUCGCAAAUUACGAGGAAAAUGAGGAUUUAUUCAAACAGCAGGUUUCCGAUUUAAGAGGUAGGAUUCACAAAUCAAUUGGUCAUCAUGGACCUUCUGGAAAUCUUCCGGCUUCAGGUUUUUCUUUCGGUACACACAAUAUUUGGACGCUCAUUAAGGAGGACAAGGACCUUGAUCUACCUAAUCAAAAGGCGAGCAUCCGCCUACAAAAAAUUUUAGUUUGA